AGCAGAACCCUGCAGAAGAAAGAGAAGCGAGAAGAUUGCCACAAAGCAAAGUUGAAGAUAUAGCUUAGCUUCAACGUUGAAGAAGUUAGCUGACUCCUUUUAAAUCUCAUGGCGACCCUCAUGUCAUGCGUUACUUCCAAAACGUUGGCGCCAUGCACACCAGAGGUUUCUCGGCAACAACGGGACACAUGUAUUUGGGUAUCAGCUCAUCGCCGGCAGAUCCGAAUCGGCUUAACCAUGAAGUCUUGGGGCACCAGCUGUACUGUUCCGCCGAUGCGGAUAAGAGGAGCAACACGUUUUCGCUUGUUCACCUCAGCUUCCCACUCUGCUCGCCCGCUUAGUUUUUCUCUCGCUCCACUGCUAACUUAUAAAAGAAUUACUGCAGUUGGUUCCGCUCCUGGAGAAUUGCUAGAAGAAAAAUCACCAAUACCCAACAAAGAGGCCGCAAUUAGUUCUGACCCUGGGGAAUUACCAGGAAAAUCCCCGCCGCCCAACAAAUCUUCAUUGGUAACGGUGGUCGUUGGUGGCGUCUUUGGAGCAGUAUCCUUUUACGGACAGAUGAGAGCAAUGGAAGAGAAUGUGGAGAAGACAGCAGAGGUAGCAAUCGAGACUAUCGAGAAAGCGGCGGAUGUGGUUGACAAACUUGCUGACGAAGUCAUAGCAUUUCCUGGUAAUGAAAACCUUAAGAAGGCAGCCUUCAGGAUCAAAGCCAUCGCGGGAGAGAUAGAGAAGGAUGCAGAGGAAGCCGAGGCCCUAAUCCACAAGGUUGAAGAGAUAGAAAAGGAGGUGGAUGCUGCAGUGGAUACUUUCAUGGGGAAGGGCAUGAAGAAGGGAUCGAGAUGAAUGGGAUAAGAAAUAAAAGUAACAGUUACUAAUAGUAGAAGUUAACAAAUAAAUAUAGGAUCAUCUUCUCAUUGGAUGGUAAGCCAUAUCGAUGCAUGCAGGCUUGCACACCCCGAUUUUGAGUCCAUUCUUUACCUAUGUCCACGUUCUAUGUUAGAAAAUACAGGGGACACAAGCAUAGUUUCUACCAUGGCUAUACCGAAACAUACAUGAAAAGUAGUCAUAUAUGUACGAAUAUAGCUUUCUUCUUUGUUGUCCAGAUCUCAUAAUGAGAUUGAGUGUGUACAAUUUACCAUGCGUAUGCAAGUAGAAUUCCACAGGCCCUUCUUUUA